AUGACACUCAUUAAUGAAAGCCACCCUGAAGAGUUUAUCCUACUAGGCUUAGAUGAUCUGCCUUGGCUAGAGCUUCCUCUAUUCAUUGUUCUUCUUAUUACAUACCCCAUGACCAUGAUGGGAAACAUUGCCAUCAUUCUGGUGUCCAAGUUAGACCCCCGUCUCAAUAGUCCCAUGUAUUUCUUCCUCACCAACCUCUCCUUUUUAGACAUGUGUUUAACCACAAGCAUUGUGCCGCAGAUGCUGUUAAACCUGGGAAGUUCUAAGAAGACCAUCAGCUUUGUAGGAUGUGUAGUUCAGCUUUAUGUCUUCCACUUUAUGGGGGCCACGGAAUGUCUUCUCUUGGCUAUCAUGUCCUUUGACGGCUACAUGGCCAUCUGUAGGCCUCUGCACUACAACCUCAUCAUGAAUCAACACAUCUGCAUCUUACUAGCAUGUGUUAUAUGGCUGACUGGAGUGCUCUUUGCUUUAUCAGAGGCCACACUUACCUUACAAUUGCCAUUGUGUGGUGUCAAUAAACUGGAUCACUUGUUGUGUGAGAUUCCAGUUCUGAUAAAGACUGCCUGUGGUGAAAAGGAAGCUAAUGAACUUGCACUGUCUGUGGUGUGUAUUUUUAUUUUAGUUAUUCCUUUAUGUUUAAUUCUUGCCUCUUAUGCUAGUAUUGGACAUGCUGUACUUAAGAUUAAAUCUUCUGAGGGAAGGAAAAAGGCCUUUGGAACAUGUUCUUCUCAUCUUAUUGUAGUUUCCUUAUUUUAUGGUCCAGCUAUUGGCAUGUAUCUUCAGCCUUCCUCCUCCAUCACAAGGGACCAGCCCAAGUUCAUGGCUCUCUUCUAUGGAGUGGUGACUUCUACAGUCAACCCCUUCAUCUAUACCCUGAGGAAUAAAGAUGUAAAAGAGGCAUUAGGCAACCUAGUGAGAAACAUUUUCAUUUCAAAGUGA